GAUGCAGCAUUGAUAAUGAGAGACUGGAUUCAACCAAGAAUAUCAUAUCAAUCAGAAACUUCAGUGGUGGCAAGCAAUGAAUCUGUAAAAGAUCUCACUCUUGUAGAGAUUUUACUGAACAAAACUGAAUUUCAACAAGAGUUAGACCCAGGUAAAGAAGAAUUUCUGAACUUGCAUCUUAUAAGAAAGAAUGAAAAGCAAGUCUUUUGGUAA